UCUACUUAAUUAGCAAGCAGACAAUGUGGCUCUCUCUUUCACCUCGGCCAGAAGUGACAAAGCCGCACAAAAAAGCUUUUCAAACAAAACCAAUAUGGGGGCGGCAGAUAUUGUGCAGAUAUUUGUCCGUCCACUCACUUGUGACGUCCUAAUGGAUGUGCACCUUUUAUUAAAAAGGUCUUGAGCAGUUUUUCCCCCUCGUCGCUGCACGGCCUUCUGCCCCGAGCCGGGCCUGAAUCUGACCCUGCCGGCAAGAGAGGAAAGUACAGAGAGAGAGAGAGACAGAGAGAGAGAGAGAGAAAGGCGGGUGGGGGAAGUAACCAAUGUAAUGCAAAAGAGGUAAAGAGUGAAUGGAAAAGAGCUUGUGGCUGCUGUGGCUGCAUACAUCAGGAACGCACAGUGACACAUGAUUGUGUUGGAAUUUGUCACAUUUUGAUAAGCUGAAAUCCUGGUUAACAUGUGUGUCGGCGCUGCUCUGUCUCUGGGGAGUGUAGGUGGAUUUUGUGUGCUGGAAGUGCAGCAAUGCAGUGAAGAACGGAGAGUUUGCUGUAUUGCUGAUGACAGGUGGGAAGCUGCAGUGAAGGAGAGUCCUCUGCAAUAAAUCUUGAGGCUGAUUUUCUCUUCUUUCUCUUUUUUCUGUGACAGCCUCUGAAUUCGCACAGGGUAAAAUAGCAACCAAUCACGGCACAGUGAUCACAGCAUGACCCUGUGAUGGGACACUUCAGAGAGGAGUCGCAGUGAUGUAAGUGGUGACGGAAAUCAGCGAAUUGAUCCGAGCACAAGGAUACCGGUCAAUAAAUGCAGGGUUGGUUCUUAAAAAGCUGCCAGAUUUUGAAAAAUGGAUUAGGGAGUUUUUCCUUUGGAGCAGCCUUUAUAUGCAGGGGCCCCUUUGGUUAUGCGCUCCAUCCCCCCCACCUUCCUAAUACCUCCCCACACACACACACACACACACACACACACACACACACCAACCUCCCCACCCCUCCCAUCUCUCACUUCCACAGCACAGUGUAAGCACACAGAGUCUGCAGUGCCCGGCCGCACUAACCCAAAAGAUCCACACGGGAGGCAACAUCAACUCUCGCGUCUCCAAAGAGGACGGAAAGGACCGACCCGCAAGAGGCAGCGAGGAGGCGGGCAGCCACACACAAAAAAAAACCCCCACUGCACUGGACAAGUGAAGUGAGCAAGCGGGGCUGCAGCUGGUCCUCAGCUCAGUAGCAGGAGAGGAGAGGGAAGAAGGGGCUGGACAGCAAAAAAACAACAAAAAAAACAAGGCAAGGAGAGAAAAGUGACUGGAAUGAUAAGAUGAGAAGCCGGCAUGUGCUCCUGAGGCCUUUCUCCCCCGAGGGCGCCCUUCUGGGACUGCUGGUCGUGUCGUUGCUGGGGCCGCGCGUCCUCGCCGUGUGUCCCUCCAUGUGCUCCUGCAGCCGCAGCCACAGGGAGGUCGACUGCUCCUCGAGGGGUCUGAGGCAGCUGCCCGACGGCUUGCAGUACAACAUGCGCGCCCUCAACCUGUCCCACAACCGCUUUCAGAACCUGGACGAGCAGCUCACCAUGUACACCCACGUCCGCGUCCUCGAUCUGUCCCACAACCGGCUGAGCCGCCUGCCCGCCGGCCUGCCCCGCUCCCUCUGGCAGCUCCAUGCCGCCGCCAACCGCCUCCAGCUGCUGGACAAGAACGACACGGUCUACCAGUGGAACCUGCGGAUGCUCGACCUCUCCAACAACAAGCUGGAGCGGGCCACCUUCAUCAACAACACGCUGAUCAACCUGUGCACCCUCAACCUGAGCCGCAAUCACUUCUGGACUUUGCCCACCAACAUGCCCCUGCACCUGGAGGCCAUCGACCUGUCCCAUAACUUGCUUGUGAAGGUGCUGCCAGGCUCCCUGGACCGGCUGCCCAGAUUAACUCACUUCUACCUGCACGCUAACCGCUUUUCCACGCUGCCCGUCGGAGUGUUGGACAAGAUGACCUCGCUCCGAGUCAUCACUCUGGGCAGCAACCCGUGGGCCUGUCACCUGUACGGCGACAUCGACUACUUGCUGUCCUGGACUCAGCAAACCCUUGCCCACGUCCUGGGCUGCCCCUGCCACACCCAGUCAGUCUGUGGAGGGGUGCGCCCCGGCAGGACUGGAGGGUGGCACCACGCCUCCUACAACCUGCCCCCCCUGAGCUCCAUGCCCCCUGGGGCCAGUGUUGGCGGGUGGUGGUACUCACACACCACAGCCACACCCAGGAACAAGGGCACACACCGAAGUAUCCAUCAACUUUACGCAAGCCCGGCUGCCACGGGUCACAUGCUCCGCACGGACUCUCGUCUCUUUCCCGACACUGACGAGGACUCACCCACUGACUCACCCGGCGCCACAGACACAUCCUCUUUCUCUGACUCAAGAGUCGUGACUGAAACGGCCACCGGGGCCGACAUGGCCCUGUCCACGGACCGCUUCUUCGCGACAGAGAGCCCCUUCGAGCAGACAAAGAAAACAACCACACUUCGCACCAGGAGCGUGAGGAGGCAGAAUCAGUCCCGACCCCGGGGCAUCGGCAACAGUUGCCCGGCUCCUGCGGCCUGCUGGCGGCUGCCUCUCCUUCACAGCCUGGGGCUGCUGCUGCUCGUCCCGCAGCACGUCCUCUGAAGGAGAGACGGGGAACACCGACCGCCUAGUGAUUCGUCCGCACAUCAGUUUACAGCACAAACCGCUCGUUUUGUAUAUCAUCAGCUUGCCGCAGCAAAAAAAAGAAGGGGCCAUUUACAAAAGAAAUGAAAGGCUUUAGUGAAAACAUAAUUCCUGCUAUGCUGAGUACAGAGUGAUGCUACUUUUAUAAUUCAAAAAAAAAAAUACUUUUCUAAUAAUGCUUAUACAGGCCUCCCCUUGAAUGUCAGCCUUCAAAAAGAGAAAAGACAUUGUAAUGAAUGUAUCUAAGCACAUGAUGGCACUAUACAUUCAGGUAGCAGUUUGUUAUGUAACUGAGUGUGGCCUUGUUCAUCCGCUACAACAGUCUCUCUAUGUCAGGACCGACUGAGGUGUUUCUGGUUGUGUUAUGACCCCACAAACUAUUGUAUAUAUUCUGUCUUUAUUUUUUCCAUUUUUCUACAUCUGCUGGCUGAUAUUUGUCCGAUGCUUUCUCUAUUAUAUUGUGGUCAUGUUUUCCAGUUUCUAAUGUUCUCCUCCACAUGCUUCAGCCUGUUUCACUUGAUUCCUACCUGCUUGUUUCCAUGUGACGAAUCACACCAGAGGAGCAGUCUAUUUCAUGGGGGACACUGAUGUCUGAUGUAAGGAAGUAGUCGUGGCGUGUACAUAACUGGCAAACUCUGUGGAGCAGAGGGCAAACAAACGGACAGCGCUGUGUCACUAUCUUCAACAAACGCCCGAGCGCUGCUUCUGCAUUUUGAUCACAUCGCCGACUUAAGUGUCCUUCAUGAUUCAGUGGCGCUCGUGAAAAUUAUCUGCAUGGUGAUUGAACGUUCCAGGAAUGCUAACCUACUGGUAUAUUGCUGCAGAGCAUUAAAGCACAAGGCAUUUUCAGCUUAUCUGUGUGAAAUGUUAAGAUAUUCAAAAAUCGUGAUUGCAUUUUGAGCGGAAGUGGCAAUGAUGUGCCUGCCUACAGAUUCUACUUUUCAGUAAUCCAUUCAUUCGUAAUGUUCCUAAAAUAGUACGGGAUGCAUCGCAGCCAGUUGCAUUUGAUAAAACUAAAGAAGAAACCAGUCUGCAUACUUUUGGAUACUUCUCCAGGAUGAUUUCUUCCAUUAAGUCAAAUAAAAUGUGCACAAUCAAAGA